AUGGUAGCAAAAAAACUAGUUGGAUAUAAAGCAAAAGGCAAAUUAAACAAAAAAGAAUUGUCACUAGUAGUUCAACAAAAAAGAGAAUUAGACAUAGACAAAAUGAAAACUGCUGAGAAAGUAGAAAGCGUUUUAGAAA